CCUAAAAUCCAACUCUCUUAUCCUAUACCUUGAAAUAUCGCCGACUAAGGCUUACGGUCGACAUGGACAAGGCAGUUUCAGAAAUUCCAGUUGAAAACUUCAUCGUUAAACUUAAUACUAAUAUCGCACAGCCUCUCGCCCUGUGCGGUAACCCCUCUAAGUGCUGGACGCCUAAUACCACAAAACAUGGCAGGGACCCGAGGGAUGGGAGACUCAUCAUUACAGUGGCCAUCCUGAACUCAACGUCGCAAGAUAGAGAUGACUUCGUGAGAGAAACUGCGAGUAUGUGGGCAUUGCACGCCAAUAUAAAAUUUCGGUUCGUCUCAUCUUCAGAACCUUCGGAUAUUCGUAUCCUAUACAGCGACAAGUCUAGGUCUUACAUUGGGGUCAAGGCUUUGGAUGGUGGCCGGAAUGAAGCGACAAUGUGGCUCAAUUAUAUUGAUGGCGAUAAAAAGUAUAACCGUCACAUAAUACUACAUGAAUUUGGUCACGCACUCGGCUUUGAGCACGAACAUUCCUCUCCAGAGGCUGGAAUUCAGUGGAAUAGGACGGCUGUCAUCGCAAGGUACAGAACGAAUAGCUUCACGAUCCAUGACAUCGACCGCAACAUUUUCUGGGUUGCUCAUGAUGCUAGCAUUAGGAGUUGUUAUGAUAGCGAAUCUAUAAUGAGCUAUCAAAUGUCUCAAGACUUGGUGACAAGUGGUAUAGUCUCGGAUAAGAUGGCUACCGGGUUGUCACCCCAUGACAAAGAAUGGGCUAAAGAAUUUUAUCCCUUUGUUAUACAUGAAGUGAGGUUAAAGAACCGUACACUAAUGAGCCAGAACGAAACUGAAGGGUCGAGGCCAUGGGUUCGCGAGUAUCAAGAUCAUCUUAUGCAUCGAGUUAAUAAACAGCUCGACGAUUGUUUUUUAGAGUCUGGUAUGAAGGUGUUUCGAUGCAACAGGCCAAAUUGUCGGCCAAAGAAUAGACAGUGUGAUGCUUGCCUUGAACGACUUGAAACGUUCCAAAACGAGGGCAUGAGUAUGAUGUCCCAGCCUAGCUUUUGGAUAUCCGCAUAUGUUGGAAGCCUUUAA